AUGGCUUCUUCAAUCUCUAGCCACUACUACUCUUCUGUCUCCGUCAAACCACUCUCUUACAAUAUUAACGAUAACGACCUCACUUUAACUUUAGAAUCCGAUGAUGAAAAUAUAAACUACUCCUCAAUAUCAACUCUAAAUAGAAACAACACUAAUUUUAAUAAUAACAAUAACAAUAACGAUAACAACAAAAAUAAAAUUUUCAAUUUGAAAAGAAGAAUUACAAAAAUGAACAACCGGAACAAAAUCUCUAAUAAUAACAAUACCACUGCUUCCACCACCACCACUACCACCACUUCUACUAAUAGCAUUAGCUCAAAUGACAUUAAAAACAAUCUAGAUAACGUAGAUAACGACGAUAGCCUCUACAACUCAGACCCAAUCUUAGCUCUAAUCACCUCCGACAAAAUCAUACCUUCAUCCCUACAAAAUGUCGUGCAAAAUUUACCUCUCUCUGAUAAACCUUUAAUCAAAUACAUCAAUAAAGCCUUUAAUUGCUACCAAGACCUAAUCAACUUGAAUAACUUUUCAACCUCAUGGGAAUUCAAAUUUCUAGAAAAAAUCUCUGACUUGAAUUUCUCUUCCUUUCCAAUUCCAAUUCCAAAAGAAAACCAAAACUUAAACUCAAACCCAAACCCAAACUCAAACUCAAGCUCAAGCUCAGAAUUUUACCUCAAAAUAGCUAAGCUAAUCAUCAAUAAAUCCUUGGAAAUUCACCAAUACAUUUACGAAUUAAACCCAAACAUUAACGAAAUUAACAAAAUCUUAUCCUCCUUUACUGCCCAACAGUUCAUCAGCGAUGCAGGCUGCAUUCUAACUGAACUAUCUCUAAAAAUCAUCAAAUUGAAAAACGAACUUCACGACAAAAUCAACAUUGUCUACUCAAAAUCAAAACUACUAAUCAUCAACUCAGAUCUAGAAGAUCUAUUGAAAAACUGCAAUGACUCCUCCCUCUCGAACGUUGAUAGCCAAAGCUUUAAAAUCACUAAAGACCUAGAAUCAACUUUAUUAUCCUACAAAACCUUUGUUUCAACCUUAUUAUCUCAACUAAACUUGGCUAUCGAAAACAAUAAUGAUACUGAAAUUGAUGAAACUUUGCAAGUCAUCUCAGAUUUAGAAAAAAUGUUUUUAGCUGUAAAACAAAAAUUAAAUCAUGGCUUUGAUGAAGAUGAUGAAGGUUAUCUUUCUUCUGCUUCAAUUAGAUCUACUAAAUCAAACUUUUCAAGAAAAUCAACUGCUUCUUCCUUUAACAUGGAAAGAAGACCAACCAAUAAUAUCAACAAUAUUAACAACAACCUUAAUAGAACUUUUUAUAAUAAUCAACACUUAUCUUCAAACACCUCUUCAAACAUCCCUCCAAUCACUCUGGAAAAUAUUACUACCACUACUACCGAUAAUAAUAAUAAAAAUAUCAAAAAAGAAAACCAAAAACAUGAAAUUCUCAAUCCACUUCCAAAACCUCAAUUUACAACUUCAUUUGCUUCUUCCUCAACCCCAGAAAAUAUCUCAAAUGAAUCCAUCCAACAAAACAUUCCUCAAGCUACAAGUACUCCACCUCCAAAUGUCCCUGUUAAAUUAAAUUUCGAAGAACCCUUUAUCAAAUCCGUUGAAACCACUAGGUCUUCCUCAUCUUCAACAAAUUUUGAAAACGAUACUUUGUAUGAACCACUAGGCGAUAAUGAAGGAAUGGAAACCUCUAUCAUCAAUAUCAAAAAAUUACAAUCACUACAUACUGCCUCUGGCUCUGCAUACGUUUUCACUCCCGGUUCCCAUAGAUCGUCUUUUUCUUCUGGCUCAACUUCAAUGACACUAGUCAACCAUCAUGCUGGCAACACCGGUAAAAAGAAAUCCACAAUUUCAUCAGAGAUGCCAUAUUUAUUAAAUGCUUUUGACAACGCUAGACAAGUUGAACAUGAUUUGAUUGACAUAAUUGAAGAAGCCAAUCUAGGUAACUCAAUUUUAGGCAAUAGAAAAAAUCAUAAAGUCUUGCGCAAAUCAUCAAUUGGUCAAUUGAAUAACAACAAUAAUAAAAAUAAAAGCAACAGUUUUUCACUUAAUUAUACUUUAAACAAAAAUGAUCAAGAUAAAAAAGAAAUCAUGGAAGAUGAUGGUCAUUUGUUAGAGUAUGCAGGCAACAAAGUCGGCAACACAUCCAAACUAUUUGCACGUACAAAUUUCAUCAAAUCGCUGACACCAAGACCUUUUGUUCAAAAACCUAUUAUUGCAGGCGUUUCGAAUAGCUCUAAUUUAACAUCACUAUCAAAUCCACUUAUUGUCAAAACGGAAGUCAUCAAUGGUAAUAAAGUCGGUGGAGGUUUGCUAUCCAAAUUCAACUUAUUGUCUCCAUCAACAUCUAAGAAUAAUUUGUCCCAAUAUUCUACACCAAAAGUUAGAAAAACAAUCGAUAACAGAACCUUUUCAUCACGUAGAGGCUCAAUGAGAUCAUUAUCAGGUAAUGAGUUGGGAUUAGUUACUAUGGCCUCCAAAAAUUCCGUAUUGGGUUCUCCUCUAACACUAGAUGCUGAUUUUAAACAAAGAAAUUUAUUAAUGGGAAUUGAGUCUGAUAAUGAAAACUCUGAAAACUCUGAAGACGAAGAUUCGGAUUCAAAUUCAGAUUCGGAAGAAGCCGAUGAUGAAGAAAGUUUCGAUGAAGAUAUUUCUGAGAAUGACGAUUUUGAAGAACUUGCCAACGAAAUUGAUUAA